GCUUACCAUUGACGGCUGACGCUCGCCUCCAAAUAUCGCGUAGUCAAAAUAAGAGGGGAAAAAGCCAACUGAUAGGGUCUGUGCUGGCAGUCUUCUGGGUACCUGUUCACGUUUCGCGUCCAUGUCAUGUGACUACGCGUCAACGGCGCGAAUUUAUGUUUCACGUAGUUGCAGACAACACCGAAAAUAUUCCACCUUCAAUAUUAAUAACCUACCUACCCCCCAUACCUCUUCGUACGUCAUUCCAACAAAGAUAGUCAUCAACACCUGCUUCUGCUUCAAGGACCGAAGAACCACACGGUCUCCUUCACUGUUCUCUUCUGACCUCCUCGUAUUCGCUCGUUCUUCCUUCAUCCUGGUCCCUAUGAGGCAGUAGGGCCAGCGCAACAACUUCAUCACCAUGCACCCCGUCUUUCAACUCCCCGAGGAAAUCUUGAUUUCAACCUUGAACCAAAAGUUUCCGUGCCGCGAACCCCAGAUUAGGUCGCUGGCAACUCUUCUCCACCCUCACGCCGCCCCCUGUCGCAACCUCGUCCUCUACGGCACCGAAGCCACCGGCAAGUCGAGUAUAGUCGAGGCCGUCCUGCAAGGCCUUCACAUAUCACCAUCUGUGUCUGUCAAUGAUCACGAUGGCGAGGUCCCUGCCGACCACUCGUCUCUCCUCUCCUAUGCCAUCCUCAACUCCGUACAAUGCAUAACCGCCAGGCAUCUCUUCGAAAGAACCCUCAGCGCUGUGGCCGAUGCCCUUGAUUAUACCUCUCGCGCGAAGAAAUGCGAGUCCAUGUCGCAGCUCACCGUCGAGCUGUCCAGGAUGCUCAAAGACCACCCUCGGUCCGAUAGCUUUCGAUUCGUCCUCGUCUUCGACUCGAUUGAUCGUCAACGCGACGUCCCUGCCACUCUUCUUCCCGCCUUGGCCCGCCUGCCGGAAAUCAUCCCACGCCUAACCUGCGUCUUCAUCCUCACCCAUCCUCCCGCUGGCUUUCUGAGGGCCUCACUUGUGGUGCCUUCGAUUCACUUCCCCAACUACACCAAAUCCGACUUUACCAAAAUUCUCUCCUCUACGCCGCCUGCCACGCUUCCAAAUAUGACAGACGAUGACAUACACUUUCUAUGGCCGCGAUUCUGCAACGCCGUCCACGAUGCCGUUACCGCUUCCGCUUCCCGGACUCUCCCUUCGUUCCGUCGCGCCUGCGAGGCCCUCUGGCCGCGCUUUACAGCUCCCAUUGUCGCCGGCACCCACGGCCCCCGCGAAUUCUCCAAGCUGGUCAUUGUCGCCCGCCACCACUUCCAAGACGAAGCCCUACUGAACCCGAGCAUUAUUUCCGUCGUUGCCACGAACAAUACCAACGACGAUGUCGACAACAAUGCCACUCCCGGUACCAACGCAGCCCCGACCAAGGGGCACGGCACACCCGCGAAGCGCACCUCCGUCGCCGCCACGCGCUCACAGCAACCCGCACAAGCACAAGCACAAGCACAAGCACAAGCACAAGCACAAGCACAGGCAGGAACUCCAGACAUAGCCAACCUCCUCCCCACCACAGCCCGCCUCCUCCUCCUCGCCGCCUACCUCGCCUCCCACAACGCGUCGCGCCACGACCUGACCCUCUUCUCCACCUACCAGCACGGCCGCCGCCGCCGACGCGGAGGAGGAGGCGUCGGCUACGCGGCGGCCACGCGGCGCACCAAGCACCGCAAGAUCGCCCGGAAGCUCCUCGGCGCCCACGCCUUCGUGCUGGAGCGCAUGAUGGCCAUCUUCGCCGCCGUGCGCACCGAGUGGAUCGCCGGCGGCGGGAGCGGGAGCGGGAGCGGCAUGAACAUGAGCAUCGGCGCCGCCGGGCUGGACGGCGAUGUGGGCGCCGCUAUCGCCACGUUGGCCAGCCUGCGGCUCCUCGCGCGUGUGGGCGCCGCGGCGGACGUUAUGGAUCGUGGUGGGAAGUGGAGGGUCAAUGUCGGCUGGGAGGUCAUACGCGGGGUGGGGCGGAGCAUUGGCGUGGAAAUCGAGGAUUGGCUUAUUGACUGAACGGAGAGCUUUUUCUUCUUCUUCUCUUUCAUCUGGAACUCAUUGUGAUGGAUUUUGGGUGGGAAGACCUGGGAAGACCUGCACGAGUCAAGCGGCAUGGGCAUGGAAAUACAACAGUCCAGACAUUCAAGAUUUCUUCUAUACAGAUGCACACGUCUAUCUACCUUGGCUAUAUAAGCGUCCACUUCCACCAUAGCGCGUCUUGCGCGAUGAGAAUAACAGAGAGGCAAUAGAGUCAUUCACCGGCUCAACCGGCAUUAGCAGAACCUCUCGUCAUUUGCAUCUUCCGUUGCGC